ACACCAUCUCAACGAAUUUACAAAUCUACCCUUAAACUAAUUCAUUUUUAAAGGUUUUUUUGUUUCUCUCUCUAUCUUUAUCCUUUUUCUUUUGAUGCUUCAUUCUCCCUUUUCAUUUUCCUCUCUGUAGCGUUUGUCUGUAGAAAACUCUCACCAAGCUUUCUUCUCAGAUUUGAAAGAACAGAAAAAGAAACCAAACAAUAACAAUCCCUUCGAUUUUUCCGGCAGAGAUCUAAAACCUUAUAAUCAUCGAAUGCCGUUGCGAAGAUAUAGUAACGGUGGAAAUCGAGGGUCUACCUGAUGAAGAACAGAUGACGCGUGAGCCGCUCGUGACCGAACCAGAAGAAGAAGCUACUCAUACUCAAACCCCAAACGGCGUCGUAACUACGCAACUCCCAAACGUCGUCGUACAGGAAGCCACUCAAGUCGUACUAACAACCUCCAGAAACGCCGUCGUUUCGGAAAACGUUGUAGAAGAAGCGGAGAGACGAGACGAUCUGUUACUACUCUCCUUAACCCCGAUGGUGCGAUCCAAAUCCCAGGGAGCCACGCGGCGCGUGACCCCCACGCCGCCUCCCUCGUCAGUCGAGAAGCCGUUACCGAACGGAGAUCUCUACACCGGGACGUUCUCCGGCGGUUUCCCGAACGGAUCGGGGAAGUACCUGUGGAGCGACGGGUGCAUGUACGAGGGGGAGUGGAGGCGCGGGAAGGCGAGCGGGAAAGGCAAGUUCUCGUGGCCUAGCGGCGCGACCUACGAGGGGGAGUUCAAAUCCGGGAGGAUGGAAGGCCACGGGAGCUUCGUCGGCGCCGACGGAGACGCCUACCGAGGCCACUGGAUCGCCGAUCGGAAACACGGCCACGGCGAGAAGCGCUACGCCAACGGCGACUUCUACGAGGGCGCGUGGCGUCGCAACGUACAGGACGGGAGGGGGCGUUACGUGUGGAGGAACGGGAACGAGUACGUCGGGGAGUGGCGUAACGGCGUGAUCAACGGGAGGGGGGUGCUCGUUUUCGGUGACGGAAACCGUUACGAGGGACACUGGGAGAACGGGGUGUUGACAGGUGGCGAUGUUGAGAUGAGGAGCUUUUUCGAUGGGAUCGAGAAGAGGAAGAGGUCGAGUGUUGAUGUUGGCGGUUGUGGAGGGGAUAAGGUGUUUCCGAGGAUAUGUAUAUGGGAGUCGGAUGGGGAGGCGGGGGAUAUCACGUGUGACAUUGUGGAUGACGUGGAGGCUUCGGUGAUCUAUAGAGAUAGGUUGUCUGUUGAUUUAGGGUUUAGGCAGUUUAGGAAGAAGAAUCCUUGUUGUUUCAGCGGUGGUGGUGAGGCUAAGAAGCCUGGUGAGACUAUCUCCAAAGGGCAUAAGAAGUAUGACUUGAUGCUCAACUUGCAACAUGGGAUCAGGUAUACUGUGGGCAAACAUGCUUCAGUUGUUCGAGAUCUGAAGCAGAGUGAUUUCAACCCGAGUGAAAAGUUCUGGACGAGGUUCCCACCGGAGGGUUCUAAGACCACACCGCCGCAUCAGUCUGUGGAUUUCCGCUGGAAAGACUACUGCCCUUUGGUGUUUAGACGCUUGAGGGAGCUUUUCACGGUGGAUCCUGCUGAUUACAUGAUAGCUAUCUGUGGGGACGAUGCUCUUAGAGAACUGUCUUCACCUGGAAAAAGUGGAAGCUUUUUUUACUUGACUCAAGAUGACAGGUUUAUGAUUAAGACUGUGAAGAAAUCUGAAGUCAAGGUGCUUCUACGUAUGCUUCCAAAUUACUACAAACAUAUCUGCAAAUAUGAAAACUCACUUGUGACUAAGUUCUACGGUGUGCAUUGCAUCAAACCUGUUGGUGGCCAGAAGACUCGGUUUGUCGUCAUGGGGAACUUGUUCUGCUCAGAAUAUAGAAUCCAGAGACGGUUUGACCUCAAAGGGUCUUCCCAUGGACGCUCCACCUCCAAACCUGAAGCGGAAAUUGAUGAAACCACUACUCUUAAGGACCUUGAUCUUAACUUUUCUUUCCGUCUUCAGAGAAACUGGUAUCAAGAACUAAUGACGCAAAUUAAACGGGACUGUGAGUUCUUGGAAGCUGAAUGGAUCAUGGAUUAUAGCCUUUUGAUCGGAGUUCACUUCCGUGAGGACAACACAGGAGACAAGAUGGGUCUUUCUCCAUUUGUUUUGAGAUCUGGUAAGAUAGAGUCAUAUCAAAACGAGAAAUACAUCCGCGGUUGUCGGUUCCUAGAGGCUGAACUUCAAGACAUGGACCGCAUUUUAGCUGGCAGGAAACCGUUGAUAAGAUUAGGUGCAAACAUGCCUGCGAGAGCAGAACGAAUGGCUAGAAGAAGCGACUUUGAUCAAUACUCCUCUGGUGGUACAAACUAUUUGUCACACGGAGAGGUGUACGAGGUGGUUUUGUACUUUGGAAUCAUUGACAUUUUGCAAGAUUACGACAUAAGCAAGAAGAUAGAGCAUGCUUAUAAGUCUCUGCAAGCAGAUCCUGCUUCAAUCUCAGCGGUUGAUCCCAAACUGUACUCCAAGAGGUUUAGAGAUUUCAUCAGCAGAAUCUUCAUUGAAGACGGCUAAAGAUAUUAAAAAGGUCUCUCUUCUUGUGUUUAACUCUCUCUGGAAUUGAGAAAGCCAAAGAUGCAUUGCUGCUGCUUGAGGGGCAAAGGAGACUUCAUAGCGUGAUGAGGUGAUUUGAAUUCUUUCAUUUUAUAAUUAAUGAUGAUGAGAGUGAUGAGGUGAUCAAAAAACAAAUUUUUGGGUUGGGGGAUUUUAUUUUUAUUUUAUUGUGGAAGUGAGAGGUGGGAAGAUAUAUGUGAAUAUAGGUUUUGUGAAGGUGAUCAAAAGUACAUAAGCUGAGGAAAAAGAUUGGGGAAUAAGAUAAAUUUAAAUGAAAAGGAUGGGUGUUUUAUAUUAAUCCCAAUUGUCUUAA